UCCAUACAUACUACGGAGCAAUAAAGAUAUAUCCUCUCUUUUGAUCUAUGGAUAUCUUUUUGAUACAUACAUUCAUUUUUAUGCAUCAAAUUGCCUCAAAUCCGCUACCCGCUAUCACAUUUAAAUCCCUGGUUUUUAACGCAAUUUCCGAAUUGGGGCGUUUUCUAUCAAUUUGAUCUUUCCCAUUUUUUUACUUUUCAUUCUAUAUACAGACCAUUUCUCCAUUUCCCCUUCGACAAGCCUCGUGUGCGAUGCAACAUUCCAAUGUCAUUUCAAUCAAAGCAUUCAAUCAUACAUCACCAAUACCAUCUCGGUCCUCAUCUCCGUGGCCCCUUCAUUCUUAACCACGGACAUCCCACACACCAUACCAGUCCUGUCGACGCGGCUCCGCAGUUUUAGGAAGACUCUCACCGGAAUCCAUCGGAGGAGAAAUUGAACUUCUUAUAUCACCAGAACAAUUAUCAAAGAACUCAAACUGGACGAACAUAUAAAUCUGAAAAGAUUUAUCAUACGUAUUAUGUAAUAUCACAGAAACCUUCACCAACCCGGAUUCUGUCGAUCCCUUCGCAAAUUCACUGACCCGAAAACGAUGCACCAUUCUACAAGCCGUUGAAGUUUCCUCAAAAACUCUAAUUCAUUCAACCCACUCUGAUUCUUCUCCAUUUAUUCGACGUCAUGGAUACUACUCUGAUUACUUUCAUGUUGUGAGUUGAAUGUUUUCAUUCCUUCCCUAAGCUCAAGCUCAAAUUGAAUAUCUUAUCACGUGUUCUGUUCUGCAUGCGCCUUGAUCAUCCCCUUGAGACAACCAUUGACUUAAAGAAACUUUGUUUCUUGAGAACGUUCAUUCUCUUUGCUUCACACAUACCAAGAGAUUCGGAAAGUUUACCAAUCAAGCCUGGAUUCAAUAGCCAUGAUAGCCUUCAGAAAUAUAGCCUGUUUCGGUCUAAGACAAAAAUGUUCAUCUUAUCUUGAGUCUCUAAAUGCAUCUUCUAUUUACAGAAGCUUUUUUCAUCACGUAUUUCGUCAUAAGCAUGGGCAUGAAGUUUAUUAUGCACAUGCUUUCACUAAUACCAUAUUGUCUCUUGAAACUUCAGGUUGGAGGGCCGCAACUCUAGUCAAACUUUGUGGCUCCCUGCUUCGCCAAGAUAGGAGAUGGACAUUCCCAAAGUCUACGAAAAUCUCGAUGAUCUCGGCGAUCUCGAUGAUAGUUAGAAUGGAUUUAGAUAUAAGGGAUCAUUUUGUUCACAUCAAUGAAGAAAUCAUUUUAAUCAUAACAACUAAUUUUUACUAUCUUUUAGUCAAGCAACACCUAGAACACAAUCUGUUCAACUUGUUGGAUCUUGGGAUAAUUUUACCAAGCGAUAUCCAAUGGAGAGAGAUUCAAGACGCUCCCGUGAGCAAUGGCGAGGUUGCCACACAUUUAAUGAUAUUAUUUGUGAUGGUGAGGGAAAUGGUUCAAUUAAAAGAACUGGUGGUUUAAAGAUGGCUUCAACAUAUUACUACUACGUAUGUUUAUUGCCUAAGCGUCGAGAUGAAAUACUCACAUUUUUAUAGUAUGAGCUUGAUGAUGGUAUCGAAGUUCAUGACACUGCCGUACCUUUCACUACCACUUGUCCUUAUAUGCCAGGUCAACCAGUCAAUAUUCUUUGGGUACCCAUCGAGGUCUCAACACCAAGACUUCGAAGUGGUUCCAUGGAUUCUGUAAACAUCACAGAAGGCAAAACAAUGAAUCCCGCCGAUAAAUUCAUAACUCCUCGUGCUCCUCCCUCAAAACCAGAUGUUACACGAUCUGUUUCAUUAUCAUCACCACAUGCAGAAAAGCCAUGCCAUCGAUCAAAAGAUGGAAAGCUUGGUUGGGCAACAAAACUUUUUUCCGGACGUCGAUCACGAUCUUCAUCACCAGCUGACCAAGCGGCUACAAGAAGAUCAUCUGAGCCUGAUAUCUGUCAAGCUACCUUACGAAGUUGUUCAUCCAACUCGAAUACUAUUCAUCAAAUUAGCCCAGCCAACUCGGAACCAAUUUCAAGAACAUCAUCUCUUACCAGAGUUCACGAUUCUGUUCAUGAUAACCUCAUGGCUCUCGGUAUACCAGAAGAAAUCUCGGAAGAAUAUGAAGAUGAUGAUAACUUUGCCACACAAUUUAAAGAAUUUGUCCUUGAAAAUAACAGUAGUAUCACUCAACUAUCUCCAGCACCUUCUCGUCGACAAGCAUCACCAACUUUUGAUACUUCCAAACCACUUCCACAACUUCCAGAUGAUGCAUUUACAUCAUCUUCAUCACCCCAACCUCCAACCCUCUCUUUAACACUACCAAGAUCUCACUUCUCCGUCUCAACUAUCUCAACAGCUCUUACUUCUCCAACCGAUAGUCACUUCGGCUUCAGUGAUACUUCAUCAAUGUUCGAUUCAUAUGAUGAGAGCGAUUUAAAUGAAGAAAAUGUCGAUACUUUUACAUACAACCCAAUGAUCUCAGAGGUUGAAAGAAGAAAAUUUAUAGGAUAUAGUUUACCAGAUGAAGAUAUUGCAUCGGAACAAACUAUUUGCAAAGCUUCGAGUUUGUUAUCAAGAACUAAUAGUCAUGAUACUUAUCCCAGAGAUUCGGCAUUGGUGGAGGGAAUUAAGGAAAGUGAGAGUGGUGAGGGAAGUGCUUUGGCGGAUUUCUUGGACGAUAUGGGGUAUUUGGGUGAUACUAUUCGUGAUAAAUGAGGGAGGGUUGGGAUAAGAUGAAUAUGGAUGGUAUAGGAGAAGAGAGGGAAGAUGGAGUUGAAGGGUGGGGGGAAGGAAGUGUAUGAAUAGGGUUUGUGUGUGUAUAUAACGAUUGGACGACGACGAUAACAGGAGGAUUGUAAAAUCAUAAGAGAUGGAUGAAUGAUACAGCGGAUGGAAUCAUUUCUUGGUAUUUGGGGGGAAAAUUAUUUGUAGUUAUUUGUGGUUUAGCAGGGCGUCUUGGGUGGGAAUAUGAGUGGCAUUGUGUAUGGGAAUACCUAGUAUAUAUAUACAUAUACAACAAAUAAAGCUGGUCUUUGUAUGUUUAUAUGUUUUAUAUCGGAGAUGGAGGAUGGGGUUUAAAA